CGUAGAAUCCUUAACAUACAAGAACACAAAUUUAAAAUCAUGUUUGCAAUUAAUAUAUAUUUGUACCCUAUCUGAGGAACAAAUCAAUGUGAAUAAUCUCGAAAAAGACGAUAGUCUAACGCGAGAAGACAUAUUGCCACAAUACGAGUUGAUAUACAGGGUGCCCCAAAAAUGUUGUAACACCUUGAAAGGGAUGGUUCAGGGGGUGAUUUGAAACAACUUUUUCCUUAGCGAAAAUGUUGUCCGAGGCUUCGUUGAGGAGAAAAGGAGAAAAGGAGAAAGGAAUUUAAGCAUACAAAAUGUGGAUAUUUACUUCUUGAAAGCAUUGCGCAUUUAAAAAAGGAACGCAUGCGUGAUGUGUUAAUGAAUAUCAAAAAAAAAUCCCACUAAACAUCAAAAUAAUGGACGAAUCAGAAUCAAAUGUUGGUUUUUAUCAAUUUCCACACAUUAUAAUCGCACUGAUGUUUCCAUUUUUUAUCACUGCAAAAAUUUCUAACCUCUUUUAACUAUCCGUACAUAAUUUCUGUAAUGAAACUACAUCGAAUUUAACAAAGAAUAUAGUUGAUAAUAUCACGAUAAGUGUUUCCGGUUUAUAAGUUUUUUAAACAGUUCACAAAGUUUAACUAGAAACUGCGCCUAAUCCAGACUACAAAUUCAAUAUUCCACAAUAAAAAUGCGAGGUAUUAAAAGAAUAUUUGUUUUUUGCAUAUUAACAACAAUUUUACCAGUAAUACUUCUUGUAACACCCUUAUAUUUACGUCACCAUUUCUAUGCUAAUGUAGCAUACACUGUAACCGAAUCUGAUAUUUUGGAAAUCACUGAUAAAAUUUCUACAAUAUUUUGUUCUGAACAUACUUUACAAAUGAAUAGAACAUUUAACGCAUUUCAAAUGUCACAAAAUCCAGAAAGAACUCCGUAUAAAAAACAUAUACGUCUUAAAAAGAGUAUGACUUUACCAGAUGAUACAUUAGAAUAUUGGGGAUUUUAUCUUCUAGAAGGAUCAAGCGUAGCACUUUCUGUUUGUUCAAGGUUUCAAGGAGCUUCUAUACUACUCGUAAAAGGAGAGCAUAAUUUACGAACUUGCGGUAUGUUGGAACACAAUAACAAUGAGCAAAUUGUAGAAAAUGUGUUUUUGCCAGAAGCAGAACGUCAAGUUAAAGUAAUGUUUAAAACCGAUUUUGAAGAAGCUAUUUCUAACAAUAGCAUUGUUCAAGUUAACAAAAAUGUAUUACAUAAUGUAGAAGAUAAAUUGUUGGAAAAUGUUACUGUAGGAGAUACUGAUAUAGACAUUAUGUAUGCUGAUACACAUAUAAAAAAUAAAGAGAUUCAUAAAGAGGAACAAAACAAUUAUGUUGCUCAACAAAAUAAAGGAUCAUUGGAAGAAAAAAUUAUAUAUACUGCAAGAAAAUUGAGGCACCCCAAACAAAAGCAAUAUAGAAAAUUUAUGAAAGAAAAUAGAAAAAAUUUAUUGCAAUCUUUGAAAAAAGAACAGGACUGGGAUAUACAAGAAAGAAAAUUCAAUUUAAAAAUAGCCGAUGAAGAUAACAUUAAACAAAAACUAAAAAUGAACGAUAAAGUGUUAAACAAAAAAAUUAAAAGAAGCCUGGAACUUGUUGAAGCACCACUCCUACUCGAUCAAGGCAUUAAACAUGGUGGAAAUGCUAUUCAAAAUAUAACAAAUGCCAAUGACGAUUCUUCUAUAUCUAGCUUUGAAAAUGAGUUACUUAGAUGUUAUGGUGGUUCAAUUCUAGUGGCACAGGAAUUUGCACCUUCUGAACAAUGCAUUAAUAUCACGUAUUUACUUAAUGGAAAACAUAUGCAAACAAUUCAAAACAUUGAACAAAGUGGUUAUUAUUAUUAUAUUUUUUACAGUGAUAAUGAUAUUGUAUCGAAUGAUGUACAUGCGAUAUUUGAUAUUUAUAAACCUAUUUUGCAAUUUGAAAAUGUAACAAAGUCUUGUACAAAUCAAACAAAAUGUUCUUUUCCAGUAGAUUUAUUAUCUUCUCACAAAGUAAUAGUUGAAGUACCCACUAUGGAUGGUAUAGAAUACAGAAUAGACGAUGUUGGUUUACUCUUAUCAAUCUGUCACCCACGCAUGGAAGUAUAUAUAUUUUUUCCUAUAGCAGUAUUAUUCUGUAUUCUUACUUGUGCUUUUAUGUAAUUCUAUUUUAAUAUAAGAAGAGAUUGCAUUUAUCACAUACUAUGUAUGCAAGAAACAAAUGUAAAAUAUCAUAUGUACAUAUAUUCUAUGAGAUAAUGUAGAAUGUUUUGUAGAAUAUGUAUAAUAUUGUAGAAUAAUAAUGUAUAUUUGACCAAUUUUGUACUUAUAAGGCAUAAGGUAUUGAUAGAAGUUAUGAUACAAUAAUGACCAUUUUAUGAUUGAAUUUAAGUAUGCUUAAUUACAUUCCAUGGUCUAAAUUUUAAUAAUUUAGACUUAGCAUAUCUUGCUUUUUAAAAUUAUAGAUCAAGUUAUAUUUAUGUACAUAUAAUUAAAGAAUAAAAUGUUAUAUUUCUUACAUAGAU